UCUUUUACUGUUCCUUUAAAAUAAAAAGCUGACCGAGGUGGAGAGGAAGGGGUGCUAGAGACCGUGCACUGUUUGCUUGUGUCAGUUCUGUGUGUGAAUACUGCUGAAAUCUAUAGAAUUAGCUAAUAGCUACUAGGAAAACCAGCGAAACUGGUGGACAUUUAACGCGUACGAGCGAUUCAACCAUAACCAGAUGUAAAAAUGUGAGUAUUGUCAGAGGCAGAUGUGCUCCCACCCACCCCAGCACCACACUAGAAUGUACUUGAUGAAUGUGCCUCCAGUUGCGGCUAUUCACACAGAAUGGAAGUCAUCGUGCGGCGGUCCACCCGGAGGCUUUAGCGGUCUGCCCAUCUGCUUCAAUGACUCUGACAGCGACUUGUCCACCACUGGAACACCCAUCCCAGAGAAGGUCCAGAUGAUCAUAGAGAGCCUAAGGAGCACCCAUUCUUCACUCGACAUGGGCAAUGACACGGAGGGGAACCAGGUGCUGUCAGGACAACCAGGACAGGAUGUCGGAGCCCGCGGCUCCCAGGGCCAGGGCUUCAAGGCCCGGAGGGGGCUUCCUGUGGUGGUGGGACCCAAAUUCAGAGGACCUCUUCCUGCCACUCACAUUAAUAACUUGCUGGCAGUGCCAGAAGUUUCCUCAAAUGUUGAUUCGGGGAGCCAGAGUUCUGACAGCGAUGACUCUGUGGAUAGAGGGAUCGAGGAGGCCAUACAGGAGUACCUGAAGGAAAAGGACGACCACAAACGCAAGGCCGAGCCAGAGCCAUCCACUAAUAUUCUACUGCCACCCAAGAUGCCGCGGAGGGAGCCUCCUCCAACCGUUCCAGAACCUCCCAAACCACAAUCUGACAGCAAUAAGGUUUUAACUGCCAGCAACCAGGUCCCGAAAAGUGUCAAAACAGAAACGCAGGACACCACACCCCCAGCCAUGAAAAAACGUGUAAAAAGUAAGACACCCACCUGCAAAGAGAAUCCCUUUAAGAAAUUGGGCACAACAAGCAAAGCAGCGGUGGUCCAAAAACUGUCCUCUUUCGAACGGAAGAGAGGCCCCUCUAUUUCGAACCCUCUUUCUGGCAAACUGAAGUGUCCCUUGGUGAAAGCAGUGGAGGAACACUUGUCUGACAGUGACAGCAGUAGUGAUGACGGUAUAGAGGAGGCUAUUCAACGCUACCAGCAGGAGAGGAAAAGAGAGAGACAUGAAGGAGGAGGCAGACAGUCCUCCAAGCCCCUUCUUCUCCUCAAAGAGGAGUCCGACUCCAGCAGCAGCGAUGACGGAAUUGAGGAGGCUAUCCGCCACUACCAGCUGGAGAAGCAGAAAGAGAAAAAGAGUGUCCCCAAACUCUCUCUAUCUCUACCCCCUAAACAUAAGCAAGUCAGUAAAGCAGCCACUUCCCUGUACUGUCCAGAGAGCAUCAGCUCUCCAGCAGGGGCCAUGAAAAAACACAAACUGUCUAAAAAUAAAAAAAAUAAACCUGAGACUAGGGAUGUAAAAUCCUAUCUACCCUCCCAAACUCCAGGUUCCUCACUCUCUCUUAUCAAGACGAGAUUAGCAGCUAGCUGUCCCCAGGGGAACGGCCUCCUCCUGUUGACUCAUGUGGAGCCCUUGCGAGAGAGGGAGCAGGAGCAGCACACCACCCCAGGCCCAGCCACCCUGAAGGUGAACACCAUCACUACCACCACAGCUGAGCUGAUGUGUGCUGAAGCCAUUCUGGACAUCUCUAAAGCUGUCAUUAAAAUUCCAGAGGCCUUUAACCCUAACGCAGCGGACCUUAUCAAUAUCAACAGCAGUUCCACAGAAUCCACCACUUCCCUCCUCAUCUCCACAAACUGUCCUGAUGAUGAUAAUAAUAAAAGUGAUGAUGAGAGCUCCGUUGACAGUGAGGAGGGGAUCGAACAGGAAAUCCGGAAGUUUCUCGAGCAGAAGGCCCAAAUGCACAAACUGUUGCCUGGUUCAGCUGUUGGUACUACAAGUCAGGGUGGAACUAACACUACGACUGAACCAGAGAAAAACACCAAACUGAGUCUGGCCCAGAAGAAAACACUGAGGCUGUCUUUGACACAGAGAAGAAAGCGCAAAGAGGAAGGCGGCAGCAGGAACGGUUCCAAGGAGGAACGAGAGACUGAUCUCGGAAUGAAAGAAGAGGCCGUCACGAAACCCUUGACUGAGCAUGACAGAGGGUCAGGCUCAUCCUUGUUGUCCCUGAAGAAAGCCCCACUGAAAUCAGUGAAGGGCUCAGAGAGGAGGAGGGAACAGAGUGGAGAGAAGAGUAGCUCACUGGACAGUGACGAAGACCUGGACACUGCAAUAAAAGAUUUGCUCAAGACCAAGAAGAAGUUGAAAAAGAAGACUAGAGAUAUGAAGUUGAAGUCAAGGAAGGGCCUCAAGGAUGAUGAGUAUUUGUCUAGAAAAACAGCAUCACCGCUAAAGAAGCUCAGAACGGAGUCUGAGCCCAAGACCAGCAGUCUUUUGAAAACGACCCUUAAAGUCACUACUACUACUACAGCCCAAAGUGGCAAUGACAACAGAGAGAAGUGCAAAGUGAGUAAGAAUGUGUCAAAGCAUCCACAGAGCAAUAAGAAGAAAGAGCCCCUUAACCAGGCAUAUGAGACAGACCGGUCUGAAGGGACAAAAUGUGUAGAAUGCUUGUCGGGAGUUAAUGACCCAGGGGUGUUUCAGAUAAAGGAAGAUAGUAGUUCAGUGGACAGCGAUGACAGCAUUGAACAGGAGAUCAGAAAGUUCCUGGCGGAAAAGGCUAAAGUUUCUACUACCGCAGGGAACACGGGAGAUGGAAAGGAGAUUGGGAACGGCAAGGGCAAAACUACAAUCCCUCUCACAGAGAAAAGCACCAAGAUGGAAAAUCAGCUGGCUGAUAUUCCAAGAAUGGAUGUUACCCAAUUCCCUGACCCGUCUCGUCAGAGCAGUUCUGAGCAGAGAGGAGUUCUGGACAGAGGAGUCUUUCCCAACACACCCCCAGGAAACCCCACCUCCAUCCUAGGAACAGCCAGGGGACCGUGCCUCCUUUCAGCCCUCACCCCCAGCUCCUAUCCUACAGCCCUGGAGCCUGCUGAUGGCGCUGGGGCUGCCAGAGCUGACAAGAGGAGUUCGGGUUCAGGAAGCGGUAAUGCCCACCAGUAUGCCAGCUCAGAGAUGGCAAGGGGUCACAGCCACAGGUCAUUUCCAAGCCCCAGCACCCACUUGCCCAGGACUGACUCAGAGCAGUGGCUUAAGAGCCAAGCGUUCCCCCCCACUGAGACAAAAGAGAAGAUCCAUAACCGGAACCCAUUCCAGUACAGCUCACCUAGUUUUGGUGAGAAGACAGCCACCACGCAUGCGUAUCAGUGUGGCGUACCAGCCAGUAUCUAUCAACAUAGAAGGAGAGCUGAGCCUGCACCUGCAUUGGACACACCUGUCUCCACCUGUCCUGAUGUUGUACGGAUUGGGAGGAUCAUCAAAUCACCACUGGUUCCUUUCCACUGCCCCUCAUCCUCAGAGACCGCCGUCGUCUUCAGCUCUCCGUUCCCAAGCCUAACCAGGAGACCUGUGGAGACUGGGCCGUCUGGGAGGUACUUCCUCCAGGGUCAUGGGUCAGGGCCGGGCAGCCGCUGGGGUCAACCUCCAACCCUGACCCCAGGGCCAUCGGAGAGCAGCGUGGUACACGUGGCCAAGAACCAGACCACGUUUGUCGAACUGUCUGAGAACAAGACCAAUCAUGUACAAGUCAGGAGCAGGGAGUUGACAGUGAUUGAGGGAAAGAAGGAAAGGAGAAGUGACUUGCCAGCAGGAGAGAAGGAAAAAGAAAGGGAGGGCAGAAAGCCAGAGGAGAAAGGAGGAGAGCAGAUAGAAAGACAAGGAGAGGAGGAGUGUGUAGAUGAGACCGAUGUCAGCGAGUCAGACGAGAGGACGAGCCCAGAGAAGAAGCAGGGCUUUCCUACUUUGUCUCUAUCCAGCGCCAUUGACCCUGGUGUCAACCUCAGCCCUUACAUAGCACUGAACACAGAGGAGAGGAGCAAGAGGAGAGGAUUGACGUAUAAAGCAGUCGCUGUAAAGCAGCCAAAGACCAAGAUUAAAAAACCCGUCAAGAGAGUGCUCCAAUUUCUACCACUAUCCAGGAAAAAUGAAUCAACUUGGAAGUGAAGCACAUCUUCAAGAAUUAUUAUCAAAUAUUGAAAUGUUGAACUGUUAUUGUUGGUUGAAUUGUUUGAUUGGGAAGUAUGUUAGUUGUGUUGAAAUUGCACUUCAGCUCUUUGUUUGUUUGUUCAACAAUAUUUGUAUUAUUCAUAUUUGUUUCGUAUUUGCAUAGUAGGCUAUUUUGAUUAGGCCAUUGAUCUUCAAUAUUUGAGAGUUGUUGAAUGUUUUAAAUGUCAAUAAAUGUUCUUCUACAUCAUGUUCAUAUUAAUGUUGACAUAUAAUUUCUUGACACUUUUGGUAAAAACAAGGUUAUGAAAUCAACAGAUCCAGAAAAUCUGGCUAGAAUUUGACAAGAAAGAGGAAUGUACAGGUAACUGUCAAAGUAAAGGAAACACUUGAGUAAAUGAGAGCCACCAAGUAUAUUGAAUGCAGGUGCUUUGACACAGGGGUGGUUCCUGAGUUAAUUAAGCAUAUUAAUAUACAUCAUGCCUAGGGUCAUGUAUAAAAAUGCAUGGCUAGAACAAGAGAUCUCAAUGACUUUGAACAAGGGGUCUCAAAGGAGCAUAGGGGGUUUAAAGUACGUGUAUUUUACUAUACUGCUGAGUACCAGAAGUCCCCACAAUUGUACACCAAGGAAGAUCCCGACAAGUGAGGACAUUUUGCAGGGCCUCACAAGCAAAACAGCUACUUUAGGCUUAGGGUUUGGGGUUAAGGUUAGGGGAAAUCAUUUUUAAUGGGAAUCAAUUGUUGGUCCUCAAAGUAUAGUAAAACAAAUGUAUGUCAGUCACCAGAUCUCAACCCAAUUGGACACUUACGGGAGGUUCUGGAGCAGCACCUGAGACAGCAUUUUCCACCACCAUCAACAAAAUAUCAAGUGGAUGGGAUUUCUUGUGGAUGAAUGGUGUCGCAUCCCCAGUGGUGUAUAUUCAUGGAUGUCAAGGAAAGCCAGGCUUCCCCAAAUAUUAGACUAAUUAACAAAAUAUAUACAGUACCAGUCAAAAGUUUGGGCACAACUCUUUAUUUGUAAUAUUUUCUACAUUGUAGAAUAAUAGUGUAGAGCAAAGGAAACUGCGCCCCUCUGUCUCUGUGUGUGUAGCCCAUUUAUCUGAUGCUGUCUGGACUAAAAAAGUAUGACAUGUUGCCGCCGUAGCAUUUCAUUGAUUGAACAAGCGUUUGGCCUCCGAUUGAUAAAAUAGUUUAUAUAAAAUAAUUAGCCAAUCAGCUUUCAGCUGAGCUCAACUGUGGGUUGUCCUGCUGCAGCAUCCCCCCUCCCCCCAAGGGAGGCCAGUAUGGAUUUGGCUUCACAACAAUCAAAUCUCAUCUGUCAAAAACGUGUCUGUUUCUGGUCUGCUUGUGUUGAUGUCCUGCAGUAGCUAGCUUGCUAAAUCAACCCUUUUCUAAGCCAUCGAUGGAGAUGUGGAUUUGGACUUGUGGUUUUGAGGUUUUGACUUAAUUAUCUGUACAGGAAAAUAAUUAUGAUGGCGAUUCUGAUCUAACCAUGGAUUAAUAUUGGCUUGAGACGAUUGAAGUUCAAUAUGUAGCAUAGAUGUAGACUCACAUAACUAGCUAGUUAACAUAGCUGAUUAAUUAUUGCCCAUGCGAAGAAGUUAGGCUAGCAAGCAUUUUAGCUUCGUAGCCUAUGACAACAAAAACUAAAAGUGUACUGUAUGACAGAGACCGUUUUGCCAACAUGAAAGAGGAGGAUGGCAUUGGCGUUCAACUAGUCUAGAAGUAGAGUGAGUCGGCUUCCUAUUUCGCAACAAAGCAUCCCUCACUCAUGCUGCCAAACAUACCCUCGUAAAACUGACCAUCCUACCGAUCCUUGACUUCGGCGAUUGUCAUCUAUAAAAUAGCCUCCAACACUCUACUCAACAAAUUGGAUGCAGACUAUCACAGUGCCAUCCGUUUUGUCACCAAAGCCCCAUAUAUCACCCAUCACUGCGACCUGUACGCUAUCGUUGGCUGGCCAUCGCUUCAUACUCGUCACCAAACCCAAUGGCUCCAGGUCAUCUACAAGUCUGUAUGUUUGUUUAUUCCAUGUGUAACUCUGUGUUGUUGUAUGUGUCGAACUGCUGUGCUUUAUCUUGGCCAGGUCGCAGUUGUAAAUGAGAACUUUUUCUCAACUAGCCUACCUGGUUAAAUAAAGGUGAAAUAAAAAAUAAAAUAAAA